UAAAUCCUAAACAGUAAUAACCUAAACACAGAUCCUUGAGGAGUACCUAUUGGUAGCUUCACUUCGGCAACAUACUGUAUAUACUAAAUCAAUUGGAUAUGUUGUGGUGCCUUCAGAACCUCUCCAAUCUCAGCACUUCAGGUGGAAGCAAGGGAAAGGCCACUUGACCUUAGGCAUCUGAAUAUGUCAGUAUCUUAUUGGCUAAGUCUACAGGGUCAUAAAAAGAAUCACCUGAUCAAACAGGCACUCAGUGAAUGCUGGGAAGUAUGGUCAUUGCAUUAGCAGUUUUGGGUUUGAAGUUAAUGAGCAGGCAUAUCAAGUAGGAAUAAUUAAUAUUCCAUGCAGUAAAACCAUAGUAAAAUCAACAUUUUCCCCUUGGUUAUUUAAUUUCCAUAUUUUAAAAUAUAGACAUUAAGGACAUAGUAAAGUCUCGGGUGGUUUUUAUUAGAAUGUACCACAGCUCUUAGGAAUAAUAUAUGGCGAUAUGACCCAAAUCCACAAAUGCAUCAAAAGACGAAACUGGCAAAACAGGAGCAGCAGUGUAUAUCCCCAAGCAAACAAAUCAUCAUCCAAAGAAAGACAUUGUAUCAUCUAUCAGUUUUCUCUGCAAAGAUGAUAGAUAUCACAUUGGCCCUGCAAUGGGCGGAGGAGGUGAAACCCAGUGAAGUAAUUAUUUGUUCAGGUUUAAUGUCUUGCCAAACAUGCAUUCAUAGCGGAAAAAUUACCAAGUCAACAACACCUGUUAGAUUAAGUUAAUCACCUAAUAUGUAAACCAAAAAAAAAAAAAAAAAAAUACAUUCAGUUCACCUGGGUUAAAGGCAAGUGACAUUGCAACACACAGGAGAAAGAAACACAACUAAUCACAACAAAGGGCGGUGAAAUGCAGACGGAUGUAUGGAUAACUUGAUUAAGGAUUGGGCACGAGAGUCUAAAUAGGGGUUAAAUAUUAUAGGGAAAUGUCCAUCAGGGUCAGCGCACGUUGUGGAGAAAUAGAGAGGGUUGAGCAUGUUCUGGAAGAAUGCAGAAAGUACACAAGUGAAAGAGAGGACAUGAGAAAGGCAGUGAUAUUUCCAACAACAAUGAUCCACAUAUUAAGUAGGCCUGAUUCACAUUAUAUAUGAAAAUCAUUACUUAAGUUUCUAUUCUAUUCUAUUCUAUUCUAUUGAUACACGACUAGCUAACAGAAUUUAGUAAAAUGUAUACGUGUGUUACCGCCCGGCAGAUGGCGGUAACACACUGCGAUUGUAUACAGCAAAUAAAUUAACCGAAGAAGAAGAGGAACAUAGGAAGAGGCAAGUGCGAAAGUUAGCAUGUCAGCUGCCGGGUGCUACACAUAUCGCGUCAAAUAGGCUUAAGUAAGUUGAAUAAGAGAUGGUUUUGAUAUUUCAAGUGCUUUAAAUCUGCUGUUGGCUUUAUGAAGCUGAUUGUUGGAGUCGGUAAACUAAGAUCCAGCCAUGCUGCUCCAGUUUGUGUACAGCGCCCAGGACUUUGUCACAGAUGUUUUGCAGAGAAGUGAAAACUGCCCACCACCUUCCAAGUUUGACGCGCUCAUCAGAGAUGGCUGGACAGACAGGAUGGACAGGGGACUCUUCCGCUACCAUCUUGGUGAUUUGGAAACGCGUAUCCUGCCAGGCCCAAAUGGUUACAUCGCUCAGCUCAAUGUUCAACGUGGAACUGAGAGGAGGAAGCCUCAGGAGAUACUGAGCAUUCAGCAAGAGUUUAAUCCCAGCCAGUUUAACUUUAAUAAAAUUAAUACAGAUGAAAUUAUAUGUGAGAUGAUAAAGGGCACGGCUGGAGUGAAAGAUUUACCGAAUGGCCAGUUGCCUCAACCCUGCAAGAUGGUUGUGUUGAUCAAUGUGAGCCCUUUGGAGUUUGGACAUUGCCUUUUUGUCCCAGAUCCGUCCCUCUGUUUACCACAGGUCCUGACAAGAACAGCUGUCCAGGUUGGUAUUGAGUCUGUGCUCCUGAGCUCCAACCCAGGUUUCCGUGUGGGUUUCAACAGCCUUGGAGCAUUUGCAUCCGUCAAUCACUUACACCUUCACGGGUAUUACCUGGACCAUGAGCUUAAAAUUGAAUCCAACCUCGUUAAGCCUUUGAUACCUGAGAAGAAUUUCUUCCGCCUCCAAGGUUUUCCUGUUGGGUUUUUGUUUUUUACAAAAUCAGAAGAGGUGGACACAGUAGCAAGAACUAUCUGUGAUGUGACAGACUUUCUCGUGGGUGAAAACAUUGCUCAUAAUCUGUUCUUGACCAGAGGAUGCCCACCAAGCUGUCAAAUGCAGAGUGCAAAGGAGCGCCGCUUAAGAAAAGGUGUCCGCAUAGCCAUUUGGCCCAGAAUAUCCUGCUUUGGUGCUAAAGAGGAAUCUGCCUUUAAUGUUGCGCUCUGUGAGCUAGCAGGACAUUUACCCUUUAAAAACAAAAAGGACUUUAACAGUACAACUGAGAGAGAGGUCAUCAGUAUAGUCCAGAGGUAUCUUCUGCCUGAUGAUGAGUUGCAGAGACUUGAAGAACAGCUUGUUGAGCACUUAUUGACUCUUUAAUGCCUGAAAUAUAUCUUGAUAGUGUUGAGUUAAAAAAAACUUGGGAUAUCCAUACUUAAUCUAAAUUAUUGACUUUGUGCAUCCAAGAUGGCGUCAUUUGCAUGAAGCUUUGGUGUGAUAGUGUUUUGUGAAGAGUGAAAGAUGGAGCAUUCAUGCUUCACACUUAAACUAUGGGAUUUACAUUCAUAAUUUUCCAUGUCUGGAUAGAUACAAAGCAUUGAAGUGGGGAAAAAUGUUCGCUUGUUGACUUUAUUCCUCUUGCUAUUGUGUAAAAGAUAAAGAUCUGAAUUUCUUUCAAGAGUUGAAGGGUUAAGAUGUCAUACAGGACAUUAAAAUGUGUGUUUUAUGAUCAAAUUGAAUAAAGAUAUCAAAGAUUAAAAUCGCAUUAAAUAAUUUGAAUGUGAUGUACUAUAAUCCAGUCUAAACUUGAAAACCUUUUCAGUGUCACAGACUUUGAAACUGAACGGAUCUAGGUUAAUCAAAAUGCCAAAAAAAACCAGCCAAACCAAAAAACAUCUGGGAAUGAAAACUGAUGGAAAAAUCAAGUCAUUUAAAUAUGGAAAUGUAUGAAAAAUUUAAAUACAAAAAUUUAGGAGCCCUGUAUCAUACAUAGAAAUUCAAUAGACACUCUACCAAAUAUAAAGUUGAACUUAACCAUUUUUAAAGAAUUUCUUUAAAAGUAAUAAACCCAAAAGAAGAUGUUUAAACAUUCUAAAAAGUAUGUUAUUAGAUUUCAAUUGGUUUAGGUUGCAGGCUGCUUGUAUCCCAAAAAAAUCUUUUAUGAAGCUUGUCACAAUAACAUCAUUAUCCAGAUUUAAAAAUGUAAUAGUUCUACCAAGAAUGUUUUAAUAAAAAUAAGGGUACUGCUACAAGUAGUUUGAAAAUUCUCUGCAUGCAAAGUCAUAAAAUGUCAGAAGACAUGAGGUCCAGCUGAACAAACUGAAACCCGGAUCUUUAAUUGAGCUUGCAUGUACAGUGCAUACAGGCAUAUGAAUAACCAGUUUUGAUUUUCUGUCAUGUUGUGACCUCUAUAGACAAGGGAAAUGUUUCCUCUAGGCUUUUCCAAGAAGAGCAACGCUAAAUCCUUUUAUGUUUUCCACAAGUUUCAGAUAUCUUGAGUAGUAAUGCAGAGUUGUGAAAAAUGUUGCCCUGCCAGGAUUCUUUUGUUUUGGCUUUUUAUUGUCACAAUGAAAUGUUUCAGAUCAACUCAUCAAUUUAGUCCCACUGUUAUUUGAGGAAUUAUUUUGAUGUAGUCGAGCAUAAACCGUUUCCACAAUAUUUCAAAUAAAUUUAGGUCCAGACUUUGACUGAUUUUUGAGCCGUUCAGAGGUGGACUUUCUGGUGUGCUUGGAAUCACUGUCUUGUUUCUUAAUGUUAAAUCAUGAACACUGACCUCAGAUAAUGCGAGUGAGACCUGCAGUGUUUUACAUGUUGAUCUGGGCCCUUUCGUAACUUCCUGGUUGAGCUGUCAAUAAACUCUUGGAACAAUGCUGGUAGGCCAACCACUCCUGGAACAGGUCACCAUUGUUUCAUUUUUUGUCCAGUUGUGUGAAAUGGCUCUCACUGUCAUUCGCUGGAGAGCCCAAGCCAUAGCUUAUAUAGCUUUGCAAUUCUUUCCAGACUGGAAGAUGUUAGUGACUUUCUUUCAUCUGUUCUUAAAUUUCUGUACUUUGGGACAUGGUGUGUUUGUUUUUGUAAUCUUUUAGCCUACUUCCUGCUGUCAGAUAGGCUCUAUUUAAGUGAUCUCUUGAUUCAACAGGUCAAGCAAUACUCAGGUCUGGGUGUGGCUAGUGAAAUUAAACUCAAAUUAAAAGAGAAUUGGUGAAUCACUGUUAUUUCAUGAUUUACAAGCAAGAGGCAGUUAAUUGUUUUUCCAUAGGGCCAGGCUGGCGUGGAUAGCCUUUUUCAUUAAUAAAGGAAAUAAAAAAUUUUAAAAACUGCA